CUUCUUAUUCUCUGAAAAAACCCCCAAAAAAAAAAGUUUCGAUUGUUGAUAGAAACUGUACAACUUGAUAACAAUGUAUUUCACGGCGUGCCCUUUCUGCCAUCUUGAAGUUCCGUCCUCAGAACUCCAAUGGCACGCCAACAACCACUUUGAAGACGAGCAAGAGCAGCACCGACUCGCCGCUGACUCGGAACUCGCCCACCAACUCGCUUUCGCCCCUCCUUCACCUCCUCCAUAUUUUCGGGAAAGUUCUACCUCUAAUUCCGGCAAUAACAUCCACCAAAAGAUCUCUAAUUGCUCGAUUGAUUUGCAGAAAAGAGGUGUCUUUCGCAGGAUCGAAGGUGGUUUAAUGGCGUUGUUGAAGAACUGUUUGGAAUCGGAACCCGAGAACACGACCAGCAUUUUGUCCGGUUAUGUCGACCAUUUUCAGAGCACCGAAUCCGAAGAUGUUGGGUGGGGCUGUGGGUGGCGCAACAUCCAGAUGCUGAGCUCGCACUUGCUGGUCCGGAGGCCGGAGGCGAGGGAGGUUUUGUUUGGGGGGUUAGGGUUCGUACCUGAUAUCCCAUCGCUCCAGAGAUGGCUUGAG